AUGCGUAAAAAUGCACUAAAUUUUCAAUCAGUUCAUCCAACUGCGGUUAAGGCGAUAUUAAAUAAUCACUACGUCGAUGAUUAUUUAGACAGCUUCGACGACGUAGAAGAGGGUAUUAACUGCAUUACGAACGUCUCACUUAUCCAAGGAAAAUGUGGAUUCGAAAUUAGAAACUGGUGCAGUAAUAGCAGUUCAGUAAUUCGUGAUUUACCUGCGAGUUCUCGAAAAGAAAGACCUAUAGAUCUCACCUCAAAUGAAAUUAUGAUUGAAAAAACCUUGGGGUUGCAAUGGAAUUGCUCGACGGACACGAUUUCAUUUGGAUUUAACUGGAAUAAGAUACCUAAAGAUAUCAAAAGGAACAAACCACCAACGAAGAGUGAAAUGUUACGCAUACAAAUGUCGAUAUUUGAUCCGUUGGGCAUGAUAUUACCGUUCACAAUACAAGGAAAAAUACUACUACAAGACGUCUGGCGCAGUGGAAUCGGUUGGGACGACAACUUGAAGGAUCGAGAAUUUACAGUAUGGACCAAAUGGAUACUGGACUUGAAUGGAAUAAAACAACACCACAUUCCAAGAGCUUACAGCACAGCAAAAAGCGUCGAAAGAAGUUCAGAACUCCAUAUAUUCAGCGACGCCAGUGACAAAGCAUACGCUGCGGUAGGUUACCUACGAACACGUGAUGGGAUAAAUAACGUGACAAUCUCCUUCGUUGCUGGAAAAGCCAAAGUAGCUCCGUUGAAACCAGUCUCAAUCCCUCGCAUGGAACUGCAAGGCGCGUUACUUGCUAGCCGUUUGGGAGAUACGAUCAUAAAUGAACUCAACAUAAAAAUUGAAAGACGAAUUUUCUGGACGGAUUCACGCACAGUGUUAGGCUGGAUACAAUCGGACCCUCGAAAAUAUCAUUCAUUUGUCGCACACCGUCUUGGGGAAAUAGACGAAUUAACGAACGCUGAGGAAUGGAACUGGAUAUCUGGAAAGCAUAACCCCGCCGAUUGUGCUACGAAAGAAGCUGACAAGACAGAAAAUUUAAUGAAGAUAUGGUUAGAGGGACCUGAAUUUCUGAAAUCUGAGGAACACAAUUGGCCGAAGCAAACACAGAAGAGUACUAUAAACCCGCCCACCGAAGAAAUAAAAAAGGAAUUUGUAGCAGCCAUAUCUACAAAAAACCUUAUCGAGUCACCAAAAAUGACAAAUUUUAGCAAAUUACUGCGUCUAAUUCGCAGUACAACAGCCGAAAUUUGGAAGCGCAACAGGACAAGAGAAUUAACAGCUGAAGACUUGAUACGAGCCGAGAAUCAUUUGAUCAGAAAGGUCUAG